AUGGCGGCCGCGCCCGGCGAUGAGGUUCCGACGCCUUUCGCGGCCCCUGUUCCUCCGGCCACGGCUGUUGCUGGCUGGUCCUCGCUACCGACCGACCUCGUGCGCCGCAUCGCCGACUGCCUCCUCGACACCAACGACGUCGACUGCUAUGUGGACCUCCGCGCCGUCUGCCACAACUGGCGCUCCGCCACCGACGACCCGAGGAGCGACGUCUCCGACCCCCGCUUCCACCCGCGCUUCUGGAUAGUCCUCGACGACGACGGGGCCUUCCAGAGCGACGACAGCCGGGUCUUGGUGAACACCGCCACCGGCCGCUUCCUCCGCAAGAAGCUCCCGCUGCCCCGCCACUACUACGUGGUCACCACCACUGUCAGCGGCUUCUUCGUCCUGGCCGACAGGAGCCCGCCUCACGCUGCUCGCGUCCUCAACCCUCUCAUAGGCGCCGUGGUCCGUUUCAAGGCGCCCCUGCCCCGGGACGCGUCCGUCGCCGUUUUCCUCUUCUGUGGCGGCACCUCGCACAAUCUCACCGUGCUCUGUGACUCAACUCGCAAGUAUUACACAGCAGUUCCUGAGAGCAAACGUUUCGCCCCCGUGACCACCAACGAUGUUAUGUACAAUUACAUGAGGAAGGCGGUGGUCGGCGGCGUGUACGCCAAUGGCGGCGGCUGGGCAUCGGUGGCGCAGUCUAAUGUCAUCAUGGAGAAAUUGUUCAAUUUGUCAGAGCAGCUUAAGGUCCAUUUCGUCAAGUUUUUCUCUGUCGACCCUCUUGGUCAUCGCGGCGAUGUCAGGUGUUUCCUACUGGAUUUUGGUGGAGAAGUCUUUUUCAUCACAAAGGCAUGGGGACGCGUUAUGGUUCUCGGCAUCGAACCAACGGAGAAACAGAUGCUCGCGCCUGUGGAGACCGUGGGCAGCAUCAGUGAUGGGAAAGAUGAGAGGGUGUUUGACGCCAUCGAUUUCGUCAAGGAGAACAAGCGGUUUGUCCCUGUCGGUGCCCGUCCUUUCACCAUCAUCCAGCUUCUCUCGAGCUACACCAUCAACCUCAGUGAUUCUGAACUGGCCUCAAAACAAAGCUCAUAUCAGACACAAUAUUUAGUUGCUGUUUCUAAGACGGGGUUUGUAGAUUCAGAUGUCCUGUUCUUAAUUUAUCAGCUUGUUGGAAUGGAUCUGCAUGGGCCUGAAGGUCCUGGAGGGUGGGGUCUGGGCGCACCUGGCGGGCCCAGUUACUUUGUUAAGAAAGCAAUGUUCAUUAUCCCUGUUGCUAUUCCUCGUGCAAUGGUGGAGUCCGCAACAUUAGGAGCGAUGCCUCUCCUCCCUGGCCUGACAGAUGAGAUCGUCAUUCGGAGAUCCUCGCCUGCCUGCACCCUAUAA